CGUUGGACCAAAGCAAGAUCAAGAAGGGCGUACCUGUCCUGCAAAUAAUGGAGACGCCAAACCUUACACCUCCUUACUUAUUUGCAGGAGAGCAGCAGUUUGUCGUACUGGAGUUCAAGAAUGAGCUGCCUCUCUCAUCAGGGAUCAUAACACUUACUUUUAAUACUAACAGCAGCUACUAUGACAGGAUCCCAGUCACACCAAUUGGACCUAAAGCAGUGAAAGCCCUUUUUCCAGCUUUCAAAAGAAGUGGAACUUACACUGUAACCCCAAAGUUUGACCUCUCUGAGCAGCAGGCAUUCCCUCAAUUUAACAUUAAAGUUCUCUCUCCAUUGGAGGCACUGAGGGUGUGCAUGAUGGCAAAUGCAUCAUCAACAGAUGUCAAUUAUCGGGGUAUUGUAGCAGCUUUUAUGGCAUAUCUCAUUAAAAUGGAAGAGACUGGUGACAGCGAAUCAUAUGUAAAACUGAUCGAUGAUGUAUUUUACACUGCAAUUCAAAGAAUGGAGAUACCACAAUCUGACUUAUCUACAUUUUUAGCUGGCCAUUAUUGCUCAAGUAACUUGCUUCACUUUUCAUUGACACACAAGCUACAUUGGACUAGUAACUGGCUAUCCAAUCCUGCCAAUGUACCAGCCAGUGAAUGGUUUGUUUCACCCAAUAUUGAUGGUCAGACACCAAUGGAUGUAGCCAAAAAUGUUGGAUUUCUUAGACAUGCAGAAUCAAUGGAGCAAUACAUGGAAAUUGAAGCAAAAGAGAAGAAAAGCAUGUGGGAAAAAGUUAAGGGUCAUGCCACUGAUGCUGAACACUUCAGUUCUGAUUUAAGCAGGAAAUUCACAAGAAAAAUAAAGAAGGCUUGGAAAAAAAGAUCAAAAGAGAAAGAAUUAUCUCUAAAACCAAGUGGAUCAAGUGGAAUAGAACUAGCGGAAAGUUUCAUUAAUCAAUUAAAAGCAACAUCCCUCUAUUCUGCUGAAGUAUCAGAAGAAUACACUUGCACUGACAGCAUUAGUGGUCACCUCACAUUGCAAGUUGGAGAUAUUGUGUAUGUAAUACGUGAAGAAAGCAAUGGAAUGUGCAUGGGAGUAGUUGGUGGUCAUAAUAAAUACUGCAAAAUGCCAGUACAAAUCCUUCAAGCAAUAUCACAGGAUACUGACAAUACUCAGUCUGACUCUGAUGAUUCUUCUGUAUAUGAGCAUGUUGAGAACAACAGUUAUAUUAACAAAGGUGGCUUUCUCAAUAAAAAAGGGCAGUUGAAUGCAGCUUUGAAGUCUCAAAGUUAUGAGUCCGGUCUUGAUAAAAUUCCCAAAUCCCAUCCUGCUCAUAUUCCUCUUCCUCCUUCUCCUCCUCCUCCAAUUACAACUCGUGUUGAAUCAAGACCACCAGCAGUAAUCCCAAGAAACAAACCUGGUUGGAAUAAUACAGAGGCUUCAGUGUACCCAAUAGCCUCAAGGCCCAUGGUCCCAGUUAAGAAAGGUAGAAUCCCAAGGCCACCAGAUUCAGACUCAGAAACUGAUGAGGAGUAUAUUGAUCAGGCUCAGGCUCAAGCAUCACUUCAACCAAGAGACUAUUCUCAUCCUGUAAGAGAACCUGAUCAGCCAAAUUUCCCUGUUUUGCCAAAAUCCCCAAGACCUUUAGCUCGCGCACUCCCUGCUGUUCCACAAAAGACUCGGUCACCAGAAAAAAAAGAAAAUGACUCUUCACAUCGCCCACUGCCUGCUGUGCCUAGUCCAACAACACAAAAUCCAAAAAUAGCUUACCCAUUGCCUGCAUUGCCUCCAAAGAAGCCACAAUCAUCAACUCUUAAUGAGGUUUCAGGAGAAAAGCCCCUUCCUCCAGUUCCGCAAAAAGCAAAUAAAGAACGUCCUCAUCAAUUUUUACCACCAAAAACAGGAGGACCACAAGCAGUACCUAUUCCAAUUCCACCUCAGAUUCCAUUGAGGCAAACUUCAAAGUCUCCUCCUCCAACUCAAUCACCUCCUCUUCCUGUGAAGAAAGCAAGGACACCUCCUCUUGUUCCCAAGAAACCAACAACGAUCCAGCAAAAUUCUCCUGUAGCAAAGAAGAAGCCUAUUCCACCACCACGAGUGCCAAUUGUUCCACGGAACCGAACUCAAACCAACAACUCGGACAGUGAUGAAUAUGACGAUACUAUGGCUCUCAGGAAAACUCUAACACCAGAAGAGAAAGCAGAAGUACAAAGCAAAGCAGCAUCAGUAAAAGAAAUAAUAUCAAAUUUCAACAACUCACAGUGACACCACAAUAAUAAUUCUAUGAAUGUAUUCUUUGGUACCAUUUUUAAUUUUUACAAUAAAGAUAUAAAUACAGAUGAUAAAGUUUAA